CUCGUCAUAUAUUUUGGUCACUUACAGGCUAACCCUAACCUGUAUAAUUAAAUAUGGAAGGUUGAAUCUUUAUUAUGCGAACCCUCAGUUUCGUCACACCGACCCUAUCUGGAUCUUGUGUUUUUCGUAAAGAAGCUCCAAGCCCUGAUGUGACCACUACCUGGUACGGAGAUAGACAUAUCUCAGGGCAAAUGGCGGAAGUUACGAAGCGCAAGAAACUUAGCUUGAAACAGGCAAAAGUAAAGAAGAAUUUUUCAGCAGUUUUAACUACAGGCUCCGAUGAUCAACAAGAGAUCAAAAGGCAGAAGUUGAACACAGUUGUAAAAACUGUUCCAAGCGACAGUGAUUCAGUCUCAGAAGAGGUCAGUCUCUGUCCAGACUUGGUCAGUGUCCGAAAUUUCCUGAGGACCCACAGAUGGCCACAGUCCAGUCCUGGUCAACAGGCCUUACCAGCAUGGGCACAGGUCCAAAAUGAAGAGGACAAAUCACUGAAUGAAAGUCAAAUAAAGAAAGACACAUUUUCACAUAAAGUAAGAAAAGAAGAUAUUUUGAAUAAUUGGAAGCCUUUGCCAAAGGCUUGCAUGUCAUGUCUUUCCAGACAGAAAUUUUCUCGCUCAGAAUUUACUGCAGCUCACUCAGGGCCUGGUGAAACUUGUCUGCAAUUAGGGGGUAAAAACUUAAGAUUAGAACAAAAGGAGACUUUAAAGAAAAAAGAGAGAGACAAUGGACAUAAAUUGCAAUACCCUAAUGUUAGGGGAACAAUCCUUCUGCAUCCAAUAGCAGAAAAGAUUGAACGGAAAGAGACAACCUCUCAAGUUGUAGAUGCAGUUUCUGGACUCAAGGAGACAAACUCUGAACCUUCAAAAUUUACCUCUAGUUUAAGGAAAUCAAGCUCUUCUCUGAGUGGAGCAAACUGUGCACUCGUGGCUACAAUCUCCCCACCGAGGGGUACAAGUUCUUCACAAAAACUGAAGUCUUCAGGAAGAGAAAACCAGUCAUAUGACCAAAACGAGGAGGGGCAGGAUACAAAGAAAGUGAGGCCAUUGGAUGCUUGUCCUCUUUGCCAGAUGAAGUUUGAAACCAGGAAGACAGAAGGACGUCUCUAAAUAUCAAUUUUAUUUUAGUUGGUCGCAGAUGGACAUAGAUGGACACAUAGCAGCCUGCCUGGCCUCCUCAGAAGAUGAUGUCCAGUGGUGACCGAUGCCCAGUGGUGACCAAUGCCCAGUUCUUGCCCAGUGGUCUGUCAUAUCUGGAUGUCCAGUGGUGUGGUGUGUCAAGUGGUGACCAAUGCCCAAUGGUCAGAUAUAUCUGGAUAUCUAAUGGUGACCGGUGUCAAGUGGUGACAUGUGACCAGAUCUUGCCCAGUGGUCAGUCAUAUCUGGAUGUUAAGUGGUGACCUGUGUCAAGAUGGUGUCCAAUGCCCAGUGGUCAGUCAUAUCUGGAUGUCUAGUGGUGACUGGUGUCAAGUGGUGACCAAUGCCCAGUUCUUGUCCAGUGGUUAGUCAUACCUGGAUGUCAGGUGGUGAUGAAUGACCAGUGUUGACCAGGUGUCUUUUGCAUGUGAAUUCAAGACAGCCAUCAUUCUUUAUUAUUUUUGUUUUGAAGAAACAUAUGAAAAUUAAAGCCCCCUUCCUUAUUUGCAUUUUUUCUUUAUGAAUUUGGUAGUCAUCUUCAUAGCUUGCAGAGAAACCGCAGUAGAAAAUCUGCCCCAGAAUUUUUCUGCUGAAAAACUCGUGUGCAUUUUGAACUUGAUUAAAGUCAUUUUCUUUUAUGAUCGACAACCAAAAAGCAGAAGUAGUAUUGCUUCAGGCACGUAGGACUGUAGGGCAUGCACUAUGUGAAAUUGUAUUACACCUUUAAAACAAAGGGCAUCAAAUAUUGUGAUGAUCUUUAGAAGGUAAAACGCUUUUGGUGUAUUUAAAGUGCAACUUUUAAUCAUAUUUGUGACUGCCAAGCAAGUUAUUAAAAUGGCUCAAGUGACAGCUGUUUGUG